AAUGGAGUCCUUGCCUCACACAUAUCGUGAGGAAACUGCGCGGUAGAAUAUGACAGUUUGACUUGGACGCGGCGAGAGGAGUGAGGGUUCUAUAAGAUCUUUGGUCAGAUGAAAUUUUCGUCAUUUGCAACCAGACCAUUCCUUUGGCACACAUCUUGGAGUAGAAGAAAGUAGCCAAUAAGAAAGAAGAAGAAAAAUCAGACCAUUCGAAACCAUUGUCGUUUUCGGUGGUUAAAUUUGGUUCAACCGAGGUUUUACCUAAACGAGAUUAAUUCGCUUUCGUUGCUGAUCGGUUAUUAAUAAAGAAAAAAUUUUCACUCUCUCGGGUAUUGAAAAUGGUAACUCUAAUGAAAGCCGUACUGUUUGUGAUGGUGUCAUUCGUUUCGGCUCGUGAAGUCCCUGACUUCCUCAAGGUGUGCAAGCGGCAGGAUCCGGACUUGCCAAAUUGCGUAUCCGAAAGCAUAGAUCACCUUCGGCCACUUCUUGUGGAUGGAGUUGCCGAAUAUGGGAUACCUGCUUUGGAGCCCUUGUUGCUGCAUGAAAUAGUCGUUUCCCAAGCAGGCGGACUGAAAAUUGCAGGGAAUAACAUUAAAGUACACGGCUGUAGUAACUUCGCCGUAACCCAUUUGAGCAUUGAACUCUCCACGAUUGACGUUGAGGUGACGAUCGAGUUGCCGAACUUGUGGAUCGAAGGAACCUACUCCGUAGAGGGUAAAUUGUUGCUGUUGCCUGUGGUCGGGUCGGGACCAUUGCAGAUUAAUCUUACCUUGUGUAAGGGCGAAGUGAAAAUGCGGGGAAACGUGUUCAAGGAUGACAACGGCGUCGAGCAUCUGAGCUGCGCCGAAAUGGACUUGAAGAUUUCUGUCGGCAGUGGCGUCGUGCGUCUCGAUCACCUUUUGGGAAAGGAUGACGCGUUCGGUGUCCUUGUCAAUUCCGCUAUCAAUAAGCACUUUGACACAUUCUUGAAAGAAAUCAAGCCAUUGCUGGAAGAAGCUUUAUCGGAAGCUUUCAAGGAUAUCGCCAAUAAAAUCGUCGAGCCCUUCAAUUACGCACAGCUUUUGCUGAAUGAUUAGAUCCGCGAGAAAAGUUGAUAAUAGGAGAAGUUAAGAAACUUGUUACUGGCGGAAGAAAAAUGCUAAAUCCGUUUUUUUUUUUUAAUCUAUAAGAUAAGUAUCGAACCUUGCCAACGAAUAGCUAAGAGCAGAAUCGAACUUAUUUCUAGAUGACAAACAACUUAUUUGUACAAAUCGAAUUCAUCUGCUCGAAUAGGUGUGAAAAUAUACUCAUGUGACCACGUA